AUGAUGGUCAAAUCCACCUCGGCCCUUGUGGCUGCUUCCCUCCUGGCAUCUGCCAUGGCCAAGUCCAAGUCCGUCGAGCCAGUUUGCAAGGUCGUCACCAUCACCGAGACCGGCGCGCCCGUCUGGGUGCCCAUCUCAACUGGCUGGGAGGACUGGGAUCCCGUCACCUCAACUUCAACUGCCUGGGAAGACUGGGAUCCCGUCACCAAGACCAAGACCAUCACCGCUAUCCCGCCCAAGUCCACCACCGUCUACACCGAGAAAUGGGAUGACUGGACCUCGAGCGCCCCUGAAGCCUUGACCGUGACUACAUACACUACCAUCCCUGUUCUGCCCACCAGCUCGCACACGGGCGCCUGGGGCAACACCACGGUCCCAAUCACCGCUUCGUCCACUGCCGCCGCCAGCACCACCCCCACCCCUGCUCCCACGGCCGCAACCUGCCCGGCUGACAACGGCCAGGCUGUCAUCCCUGGCGGCUCGUGCGGCUGCGAAUUCACCGUGAACUGCGGUGUCCAGGCCAGCCCUGAUGCCAACUCCAAGUUCUGGCAACAAUCGGACUCGCUUGUGGACACGCUCGAGGAGUGCCUCGAGCUGUGUGACAACAACUCGAACUGCGAGACCGUUCUGUGGGUGGAUGACAGCACCUCCGGCGACUACCACCACUGCUGGCAGAUCUCUGGCCUGGGUCAGCCCACUGGCUCCGGCAUCGCCCAGAUCUCCUACAAGGGCACGUGCUCCGGCACCUGUGCGUCGACAUACGGCGGCGCUUAA